GAGCUCUGAACGGAUGUUUCCGGGUUGACCGUUGUUUGACAGAUCAGGACGGACCGUCGCUUUCAGCGCCUGUCGUUGAUGGCCCAGCUGUGUGUUGAGGUAGAAUGGGACAGACCACAUCGGGCCCAGAGUCCGCAGAACCUCCACAGCUGGACAGAUUUGGAAACAUCAAGAGUUUAGUGGAGGAUCAGCUGCAGACCAGCAUGGUGGUGGGAAUAAUAAUUGGCGCUGGAGUCGUCAUCAUCCUCAUCGCUGUCCUCAUAUUUUUUGUCAUGCGCAGGAUGCAGCUCCGCAAACUUGAGGCUCAGGAAGCCCCGAAGUAUCGUUUUCGUAAAAGAGACAAAGUCUUGUUUUAUGGGAGGAAGAUUAUGAGGAAGGUGUCUCAGUCCACCUCUUCGUUAGUGGGCUCCACUUCUUCCUCCAGGCCUCGCCUCAAAAAGAAACAGAAGAUGCUGAACAUUGCCAAAAAGAUCCUGCGUUUUAAGAAGGAAGUGCCCACUCUGCAGAUGAAGGAACCUCCUCCGUCAGUGCUGGAGGCAGAUCUCACAGAGUUUGACGUGGCCAAUUCUCACCUGCCAUCUGAGGUGCUCUACAUGCUGAAGAACGUGCGUGUGUUGGGUCACUUCGAGAAGCCGUUGUUUCUGGAGCUGUGUAAGCACAUGGUGUUUCUGCAGUUCCAGCAGGGCGAAUAUGUCUUCAGACCCGGUCAGCCUGAUAGCAGUAUAUAUGUGGUACAGGAUGGCAAGCUGGAGUUGUGUCUUACUGGACAGGAUGGAAAGGAUGGAGUGGUCAAAGAGGUUUACCCUGGAGACAGCGUUCACAGUCUGCUAAGCAUCCUUGAUGUCAUCACAGGUCACCAGAGACCUUAUAAAACUGUCUCAGCGAGAGCGGCAGAAGUGUCCACUGUCCUCAGACUGCCUGUCGAUGCCUUUCUGUCCAUCUUUGAGAAAUACCCAGAGAGCCUUGUGCGGGUGGUUCAGAUCAUCAUGGUCCGUCUUCAGAGAGUGACUGUUCUGGCCCUGCACAACUAUCUGGGGCUCACCAAUGAGCUCUUCAGCCAUGACAUGCAGGCUCGUCCCUCUCCUACCUCUCCUCAUGCAACACGCUCCAGUCCUGUACGACACAGCAAACGCUUUGGCAGUCUCACUGUUCCUGAUAAACAUCGUGAGGCCGCUGUUCAAAAUGCUUCUGGUGGGGAUCAUGGGAAGGAUGGUGGCACAACACCGACCCUCAGUAGGACCAUAUCCAUGCCUGUAGACAUCGCAGGAAUUCAGAAGAGUCUGCGUUCAGAUUUCGACAUGGCUUAUGAGAGAGGCCGGAUCUCUGUAUCUGCUGAGGAUGGAGAGGAAAAUCUGCUGAGGAAAGCUCCACCUGCUUUCACACGAGAGCAGCGGGAGAGGAAGGUGACAGUGGAUGAGGUUCCUUCAAGUGUGUAUUUGUAUCCUGAGGAGGAGUCAGGAAUGGAGAACAUUUUUUGUCUAUUUCAAGGACGACCUAAUGCUACACUGUUCGAGGAGGCCCAGAAAGAGAUUCUCAAACUCAUGAAGAUUGAGGGUGAUGCCCUUUCCUCAUAUGCCCUCUUUCAUCAUCAGGACCCUGCGCUGCUGAAUGGGAGGGUGACGUUUCAUCAUGCUAAAGCUGGAUCUGUGUUAGCCAAACAGGGAGACCAGGAUGUGAGUCUGCAUUUUGUCCUGUCUGGUUGUCUUCAUGUCUAUCAGAAGAUGAUUGACAAGCAGGAAGCUGUGUGUUUGUUUGUGACCCAGCCGGGUGAGAUGGUUGGACAACUGGCUGUACUCACAGGAGAGCCACUCAUCUUCACCAUCAAAGCUGAGCGUGAUUGUACCUACCUCAAGAUCUCCAAAUCUAACUUCUAUGAGAUCAUGCGUGAGCAGCCAAGUGUAGUUCUCAGUGCAGCUCACACCGUGGCUAUCCGCAUGUCCCCGUUUGUACGGCAGAUGGAUUUUGCCAUUGACUGGAUGGCUGUUGAAGCCGGGCGGGCCCUGUACAGGCAAGAUGAUCAGUCCGACUGUACCUAUAUUGUGCUGAAUGGGCGACUGCGUUCUGUCAUCCGAAAAGCGAAUGGGAAGAAGGAGCUUGUUGGAGAGUAUGGCAGAGGAGAUCUCAUUGGAGUUGUGGAGGCUUUGACUCGGCAGCCUCGUGCCACCACAGUCCAUGCAGUCAGAGACACUGAGCUGGUGAAGCUUCCAGAAGGAACGCUCAACAACAUUAAGAGAAGAUACCCGCAGGUGGUGACACGCUUGAUCCAUCUGCUGGGGCAGAAGAUUCUGGGGAACCUCCAACAGCCCCGUGGACCUUUCUCAAGCUCUGCUCUGGGACUGCCAAGCGUGGCGUCGAGUCCGGACGUCACUAACCCAGCUAGUAAUCUCUCCACUGUGGCCGUGCUUCCUGUUUGUGAUGAGGUGCCAAUCAGUGCCUUCAAUUUGGAGCUCAGCCAUGCCCUCAGUGCCAUAGGACCAACCCUGCUGCUAACCAGUGACAUCAUCAGAGAGAGACUUGGAGCUUCUGCUUUGGACAGUAUUCAUGAGUACAGGUUAUCAGGUUGGUUGGCUCAGCAGGAGGACAUUAAUCGUAUAGUGCUGUAUCAGACGGACAGCGGUAUGACCCCAUGGACUCAACGCUGUAUCCGACAAGCUGACUGUAUCCUCAUUCUGGGGCUUGGAGACCAGGAACCUGCACUUGGAGAGUUGGAGCAGAUGCUGGAGAACACAGCGGUACGGGCCCUGAAGCAGCUGGUUCUGCUGCAUCGUGAGGACGGGCCGGGUCCGUCGAGAACCGUUGAAUGGCUGAACAUGCGAAGCUGGUGCUCUGGACACCUUCACCUAAAGUGCCCUCGUAGAGUUUUCUCACGAAGAAGUCCCUCCAAACUGCGAGAGGUAUAUGAAAAGGUUUUCGAGAAGACUGCAGACAGACACAGUGAUUUCUCACGGCUGGCAAGAGUACUCACAGGAAACAGCAUAGCCCUUGUGCUGGGUGGAGGCGGAGCUAGGGGCUGCUCUCAUGUUGGUGUAAUCAAAGCCAUGGAGGAAGCAGGAAUUCCCAUCGACAUAGUGGGAGGAACUUCCAUUGGCUCAUUCAUUGGUGCUCUGUAUGCAGAGGAGAGAAGUGCUGUUAGGGUCAAGCAGAGGGCGAGAGAGUGGUCCAAGGCAAUGAACUCCGUAUUCAAAACGGUACUGGAUCUUACUUAUCCAAUCACAUCCAUGUUUUCUGGCUCUGCCUUCAACACCAGCAUCUCCAAAGUCUUUGAGGACAAACAAAUCGAGGACUUGUGGCUGCCUUACUUUAACGUGACCACAGACAUCACAGCUUCUGCUAUGCGUGUUCAUAAAGAUGGCUCCCUGUGGCGCUAUGUCAGGGCGAGCAUGACCCUUUCCGGGUACCUGCCACCCCUCUGCGACCCUAAAGAUGGAAACCUGCUCAUGGAUGGAGGAUACAUCAACAACCUGCCAGCGGACAUAGCUCGUAAUAUGGGCACAAAGACAGUCAUCGCCAUCGAUGUGGGCAGCCAGGAUGAGACUGAUCUUUGUAACUACGGUGACAGUCUUUCUGGCUGGUGGCUGCUAUGGAAACGAAUCAACCCUUGGGCGGAGAAAGUGAAGGUGCCUGACAUGGCUGAAAUCCAGUCCCGUUUGGCCUAUGUUUCUUGUGUACGACAGCUGGAACUUGUCAAGAAGAGCGCAUACUGCGAGUACAUUCGGCCACCCAUCGACCGCUUUAAGACCAUGGACUUUGGGAAAUUUGAUGAAAUCUAUGAUGUGGGUUAUCAAUAUGGUAAACUAGUGUUUACUGAGUGGGCUCGUGGGGACAUUAUAGAAAAUGUGCUGAAAGACCAUCGCUCAGCGGACUACAACGACAGCAAGAAGACUGAUUCGUGCACAUGUCCUAGUGCAGACUUCACUGAUCUAGCUGAAAUUGUGUCCAGGAUCGAGCCGGUGCAGAGCUACUUAGGAGCUGAUGCAGAGGAGUCUGACUAUGCGACGGAGUAUGAGGAGGACGGGAUGGACCGAGUGAGAGAGGAGGAGGGUGAGGAAGAGGAAGAGGAGGAGACCGAAGACCCUGAGGACCAGUCUCCUGGAGAAUGGGGACCAAAUGGGAUCUUCACAUCAGAUGAAGAGAAGACCGUCCGUCAGAGGAAGAACAUCACCAGGGACCCCAACUUGGACUUCUCUGGAGUGUCAGAUUGCUGAAAAGGGAGUAAUGCAGGGUCAAAGGGCACUGGAAAGAGAAGCAGAGUCCCACCAGGGACUGACGAGUAUAAAGACAAAUACAGAAGAAAAGACUUCUGAAUUAAUAAGAUUGUUGGAAAGUCACCAAAGAUACUGUGAUUUAGACCCUGCUAACAUUACAUUACCCACCAAAACUGUGACUCUGUUAUGCCUUUGGGAAUUUUUUUUUUUUUUUUUUUUUCUCAAGACUCCAAAGUCCAAAGAUUGUGGGGGCCCACCAAGGCAGAGGAACCACUCCUUGAGAUACUUUGCCACUGAAAUUUGGGGCUCUACAUCUUUUGAGAUGUUUUGGGAGUUUCAUGGGAAAAGAUGUCUACAGUAGUGGCCAGUAUACCACUAUCCUUAAGUUCUGGUUUUCCUGUCUCUUUCCAGACGAUACCAGUUCAGUAGAGAAUAGUGUGUGGUGUAGCUGGUUUGUGAUUUUAAUUUAUUUUAAUUUUUUUUGUGAAUGUGUGUGUGUGUAUGGCCACAACCUAAACAUGCAUUGGCACCUCCUCUCAUAAGAUGCCUUCUAGACUGAAAAUGGCUUCCCAAGAUGCAUUGUUGAAGGUCUGAAAGACUUCAAGAGGAAGUGAUGGUCUACAAUGGUUAGAUUGUGAUUUGAGGGUAUUUGAUGUAAGGUUGCAAUGCUUGAAACUUAUUAGGAAAAAGCACUGCAGAUUUUUUGUAACAGUGUCCCUGAUAUCUAAUAUUAUUUUAAAGAGGGUCAACAGAGUGGAAAGCUAUGUAGGUGGUCAAAUGUGGGAUAAAUUAUAAUAGGAAACAUCUCAGUGGGAC